CGUGUGUGUGUCCGCUUCAGUUCGGAGGUUUCAGUUUGGAAAACUAUAAGAGGAAAGAAGGAGGGAUUUUGGGUGGAGAGAGAGAAAGCGAGAGAGAGACUGUAGAAAAGAGAGAGAGACUCUGAAGGAGAGAGAGACAGAGAGAGAGAGAGAGACAGACAGACAGACCUGGUCAUGAUCAGAAAAAAAGCUGUUAGAAAGUCACAUGACCAUGCUGUUAGCAAAACCAGAAUUCUCUCACACUGCGUCCUGCUGUGAGUUACAGUAUAAUCAGAGCUGCGCCGCUGCAGGAUGGCUGAGGGCUGCAUGAGGGCCCUGCGCUACGCCAUGGUGUUCUUCAACCUGCUCUUCUGGCUGGGGGGAUGUGGGAUUCUGGGAGUCGGCGUCUGGCUGUCUGUCACCCAAGGAAACUUUGCGACUCUCUCCACCUCUCUGCCGUCUCUGUCUGCUGCAAAUCUCCUCAUCGCCAUGGGAACCAUCAUCAUGCUGAUUGGCUGCCUGGGCUGCGUCGGCGCCGUCAAGGAGAGUCGCCCCCUGCUGCUCAGCUUCUUUAUCCUGCUGCUUCUGAUUUUCCUGCUGGAGAUUCUGUUCAUCAUCCUCUUCUUCGCAUAUCAGGAUCAGAUUGACCGCUAUGCUCAGAGUGACCUGAAAAAAGGCCUGCAGCUGUUUGGCACUGAGGGAAACAUCGGCCUGACUAACGCCUGGAGCAUCGUCCAAACCGACUUUCGCUGCUGUGGUGUGACCAAUCACACCGACUGGUUCGAUGUGUACAACGCCACCCGCGUCCCCGACUCCUGCUGCUUGGAAUAUAGCGACAACUGCGGGCUGGAAAAUCCUGGGACGUGGUGGACGGCUCCGUGUUACGAACGAGUGAAAAGCUGGCUCCAGGAGAACCUCGUAGCUCUGUGGAUCUUCGCUCUGUGCACGGCUCUAACGCAGAUCUUAGGGCUGGUGUUCUCCAUGACCAUCUUCUGCCAGGCUGUGAAAGUGGACACGUUCUACGCCUAGAGAACCGAAAUGGAUCCGAAACAUUUUGUAGGACACUUUUUUUUUUUGUCAAAAACUGGAAAAUUUAAUCACAUUUCUUGUUUUUUUUUAUUUAAUUUCUUGAUGUGACGUAAUCAUUGUGCUCUCCAGCUGGAAAAUGGUUUUCCUUCAACGACACCACUAGCUAACACACUGUUCACCAAACAGUCUCAUAAGAAUGAAAUGAAAAGAAAAUGUUAUUUUUCGUCCGUGUAGAACACAGUAAGAUUUCAUUAGUGUCUGGAAUUCUGAUUCAACUCGACAGAAACCUGAUAAAGAGAAGAAAGUGGACGGGUUCGGCUUUAUUUCCUAAUCCUGUUUGAAUCUAACCAGCUUGCAUCGCUUCAUUCAUCAGUUCCACUGAGAAGAAGAAGGAGAGGAACAGAAGAAGGGAAAUGAUGUGAUGAGACACUGCCGGAGUCACAUCGAGGAAUCAUCAGUCACUGAAACUUCGCAGGAAGAGUCGGAAACAUUCCGGCGUGGAAAAGGAAAAAAAAGAAGCGACGCCCUUUCAAAGUGUAAAAUAAUAAUAAGAGUACUGAACACACUCCAGCAGUGCAGAUAUCUGCCGCUUCAACAGAUCAAAAGAAAAGGAGAAGAGAUUUCUCAAAAACACAGCCUGUUUCGUCAUUGUCGUCUUCAUUACGUAACAAACGUGUGUGUAAAUAUCUGUACUUCCUUUGGUAUCUUUCACACGCUGUACUUAUUAUAACAUAAAAUAUAUAA